AUGUCGUCCCCGGUGCCGCUUCUGCGACCUCCUGUCCCUGGUGGUCGUAGCCAAAGCGGUAGCCGGACCCCUCGCCUGACAUUAGGAAUACCUCCCUCGCCCAAUGCCCGACCAGUCACUGGCGAGCCGGAAGCAGUGAGUGAGAUACCACGGUUCAACUUAGCGACAAAGGGUCCACCUAAAUUAUCCCUUGCAACGCCUAUGGGAAGUCUAGGUUCGGUUCAAGAAGGAGGCACAAAUCUAAGACCACAAAUACAACCACUAAAUAUAAGCGCAGUCACCGGCAACGAUGUCGGGACCAGGCCCAGAGGAGACAGCUUUCAUGCUGCCAGUGUUCCAGGUUCUGCAUCUUCAUCCACAUACUCUGCCUUGUCAUUCGCUAUGCAAGGCAGGCAAGGCGGCACCCCAGACCCGUCCUCGGCGAUUAGCUCGAUCUAUUCCGAAGCAAGCAUAGGCGGAGCGUCUAUGGAAAGAGAAUCGAGUAUGGGCGGACUGUCCAUUGACUUUGAGGCACUCAGCAUCGAGAAGGGAAGACCGCUCGAUGUUGAAGAUCUGGAUGAUGAAGGCUGGGGAGCAGCAAGCGAACAGAAGAAAAUCAUUGAGCUUGGCUCGCUAGGAGAGGGCGCUGGCGGUGCCGUAACGAGGUGCAUGCUGGAAGGUGGUAAGACGAUAUUCGCGCUCAAGAUCAUCACGACCAGCCCAGACCCCGACGUCAAGAAGCAAAUCCUACGAGAGCUGAAAUUCAACAAGAAUUGCACAUCAGAAUACAUCUGCCAAUAUUACGGUGCCUUCAUGGACAAGUCGUCGAGCACGAUAUCGAUAGCAAUGGAGUUUUGCGAAGGCGGGAGUUUGGACAGCGUGUACCGCGAGGUGAAGAAGCUUGGAGGUCGAACAGGUGAAAAAGUGCUUGGAAAGAUUGCUGAAGGCGUUCUGCACGGUCUCACCUAUCUCAAUGGCCGCAAGAUCAUCCACAGAGACAUCAAACCCUCUAAUAUCCUGCUUUGCCGCAACGGGCAGGUCAAACUGUGUGACUUUGGGGUUUCUGGAGAGUUCGGAACGAAAGGUGAUGCGAACACCUUCAUCGGCACCUCAUACUACAUGGCCCCAGAGCGAAUACAGGGGCAAUCUUACACCAUCACCUCCGACGUAUGGUCACUGGGUGUGACGCUACUUGAAGUGGCUCAACACCGCUUUCCCUUCCCAGCCGACGGUACCGAGAUGCAGCCUCGAGCCGGGCUUAUCGACCUACUCACCUAUAUUGUUGCACAACCCAUACCGAAACUGAAGGAUGAGCCCGACAAUGGCAUCAAAUGGAGCGACAUGUUCAAAUACUUUAUUGAGUGUUGUUUGGAGAAGGAGCCAGGCAGAAGGGCGACGCCCUGGCGGAUGCUGGAACAUCCGUGGAUGGUGGAAAUGAAGGCCAAGAAGGUCAGCAUGUCGACGUUUCUCAGGCAGGUCUGGGAUUGGAAAGAUGAAUGA